AUGGACGAGGGGGGCCGGAGCGGCGUGGACUGGACUGUGGCAGGGCGCGGGCGAGGCGUGGACCGGCCGCUGGGUGAACGGGCGGUGUGCCGGAUCGGCCGGGAGACGCGUGCCGGGUUCCGGCUGCCCUUUCCCCGGGGCCGGAGGGGGCGUCAAGCGGCCGCGCGCGCCCCUUCCCCCGUGGCGCGGCGGGUCCAGAUACCCACGACGGGUUCGCGGGUUCGCGUUAGCAACUCGCACACCCCCACCCCGCGCGGACCUUUCUUCUGA